AUGAAUCCAUGUAACAGUGUGUUGCGCGUUCUAAUCUUAGCCUGCGCCCUGUGGGCGAGGAAUCCCCGUGCGGAUUGUCUAUUGCACACUGCGUUCGUGCCGCACCUGGACGCUAGCCUUCCUAGACGAUGCGGGCGGUAUUUAGGUAGCACAGCUUCCGGGGAGCUCAGCAGCUCCCCGCCUGCCGGGAAUCCGGCUGGUAUGGGCAAAAAGAAGAACCUGUUCAAACACCAGUUCGACGACUAUGCCGACGUUGGAGCUUCCACUGCCAUCAAGAAGGACGAAGAGCGGUGGCAGGACAUUGUGAUGGAAGAGAUCGCAAAGAAUCGCAAUGUGGAGCCCUCGGACAACUUUUUGUUUGGGGAGUACAAUGCGGACGAAUACGUGCUAGGCAAGACGACACACAACGUGUCCGCCAUGAGGAAGCCAUCCUAUAACUAUCGGCUGUCCCCAGAAGGGCGAGUGAAGCUAGAGAAUCGCAUAAUCCAUCUGAAGCACAUGGCAGCGACUAAUCCGGGUACCCCCAAGGCGGUUCGGCCCAAACUUUGGAUAGUCCGUCCCAGCUGCGGCAACUACUGCGAGCUUCUCGAGCGGGACGACGAGCGCCUGAGGUCUUUCGUGAAGCGCGUUCGCAAGCAUUUUCCCAAGGAGCGUCUGGAGAUCCUGAAGGUGAAGAUCGACGUGAAGAUGCCGUUGUGCGAGGUGUUCUUCGAGGGCGACAUCACCGACAUGGUGCGCAUCUUCUACGCACGUGGCGGCACGCUUCAGUUUUACGUGGUGCCGCGCUUUUGGUCGCGUUGCCCGCUGCUCGAGAAGGACCCGCGGCUCGAGGCCAAAUACGGCAAGUCGACGGCGCCGGGCCUCUUCCCCCAAUGGGAUGAGGACGGAAUGCUGGAGGAGCUGAUGGACUGCAUGGACGUACGACCAGACUACGCGCUGGAGUUCCGCCUGCCCAACGCGUGGCAGCUCCUUCCCAUGGUGCCGGAGCACGAUCGGGCCCUGAUGGUUUCGCUGUUCGAAAAGGUGCACUGGCCCACGCGCCUCCGUGUCCAAAAUGCAUUUGAACAGGGCAUCGAAGACUAUCGCGACGUAAUUUCUGACGAGUACGCGGAGCUGCAGCGCCUCGACCGCGGGCGCAGCAACAUUUUGGACUACUGGCUGUGA